CUUAGCAUGGAGAAUUCAGAGAAGACAGAAGUGGUUCUUCUUGCUUGUGGCUCCUUUAAUCCUAUCACCAACAUGCACCUGAGGCUAUUUGAGCUGGCCAAGGACUACAUGAACGGAACAGGAAAAUACAGAGUCAUCAAAGGCGUCAUCUCUCCUGUGGGCGAUGCGUAUAAGAAGAAAGGACUCAUCUCUGCCCACCACCGAGUUAUCAUGGCAGAACUAGCCACCAAGAAUUCAGAAUGGGUGGAAGUUGACACCUGGGAAAGUCUUCAGAAGGACUGGGUAGAGACCUUGAAGGUGCUAAGACACCAUCAGGAGAAACUGGAGGCCAGUAGCUGUGAUCGCCAGCAGGACUCACCUAGGCUGGAGAGGCCUGGACGGAAAAGGAAGUGGGCUGAACAAAGACAAGAUUUUGGUCAAAAGGAAUUGCUAGAGCCAAAAACAAAAGAUGUGCCAAAAGUAAAGCUGCUGUGUGGGGCAGAUUUAUUGGAAUCGUUCGGUGUUCCCAAUCUGUGGAAGAGUGAGGAUAUCACCCGAAUUGUAGGAGACUACGGGCUCAUCUGUAUUACUCGGGCUGGAAACGAUGCUGAGAAAUUCAUCUAUGAAUCCGACGCACUGUGGAAACACCGGAACAACAUUCACCUGGUAAAUGAAUGGAUCACCAAUGACAUCUCCUCCACAAAGAUCCGGCGAGCCCUCAGAAGGGGCCAGAGCAUUCGCUACUUGGUGCCAGACCUUGUCCGAGAGUAUAUCGAAAAGCAUGACCUGUACAGCCCUGAGAGUGAGGAGAGGAAUGUUGGGGUCGUCCUGGCUCCCUUGCAGAAAAACACUGCAGAAGCUAACUCGUGA